AUGGCAAAAAAUAAAAGUAUGAGUUCAAUAGGAAUUGCUGUAGCAACACGAUUAAAAAAAGGUUUUAGUAAUAACCCUAAAAAUAUCCUAAAACAAUGUUUCAUUAAAAUAGCACAAAUCGAUCUAAAAUUAUAUAAUUAUCUGGUUGCAAAUAAAAAAAAUCCUGAAUUAAUGGAAUUAAUGAAAUCAAGAUAUAAGGCAUUGGAUAGUAUUUAUAAGAAUAUCGAUAGUAUUCGUGAUGAAAAUAAAGAUGCAAUUAUUAAAGAAUCUAUUGAAAAUACAUUAUUAUCAAAAAAAAUAAUAAAAAAUGAAAAUGUACCGACUGAAUCUAUUCUUAAUGGUAUAAAAGAUGCAUAUAAAUCAAAUGAUUUAAAACCGAAAUCUUAUGAAUAUUAUAAUGAAUCACUUAACAUUCAUAUAAAAUAUGAUAAAGAAAAAAAACAAAUUACAAAAUCUAGUAUUAAAAAUGAUCAGGAAGAAUCGAAAACGGAGUCAUCGGAUCUAGAGACUCAUCUUAUCAAUCCACAAGGUGAAAACAAUGCAAAAGAACAUUUUCAUCAAACAGGUCAAUCAUCUAAAGAUGGUUCAACUGAUCUUGUUGAUAAUGAAGGGUCAGGAACUUCCACCUUACUUGCGACAAAAGCCCUCAAAGAUGAAACUAAAAUAGAAGAGAAACAUGCAGAAGCAAUAAAUACAUUGACAGAGAAUCAUCAAAAAGCAAAACCAAAUGCACCAAAUAAUGAACCUAAAAUAGAAGAGAAACAUGCAGAAGCAAUAAAUACAUUGACAGAGAAUCAUCAAAAAGCAACACCUCUUAGCAAUCCAGUUGUUUUGCCAGCUAAAGUAGAAAAAUUAAAUAAAAGUAGCGAUAGAACACCAAAAUCAUCAAGCCCAACAGAACGGAUAGACUUAUUGGAUUUAAUCGGCUAUUUUGUGUGUGGUAUAAUGCUACUUAUGGGUGUUGGAUAUGCAGCAGGAAUAAACGUAAGUAAUAGUGGAGUAAGGGCAUCUGUGUUUGUAAUAUCAGCGAUCUUACCGAUUGUAUCAAUUGUACUUUCAUUUAAUAGCAUGAAAGUAAUCCAGAAUGAGAAAAGAAUCAAGGUUUCAGCAGCUGUGGCACUGCCUGCUGUAAGUGCAGUAUGUGUAAUGAUAACAAAUUUAUACGUGUAUUUGAUCAAUAUGAACGUAAUGUCACUAUGUGAACUACUUAUUCAUCUUUCAAUGACAUUGCUUGUUGUGAUGAGCAUGAGCGUGUGCAUAUGGCGAGACGUUUAUGAUGAGAUGUUGAUGUGUGGAGUGAAUGUGUUAAUGAUUAUUGGAUAUGUAAUACGUAGAGCAUGCAUAAAUGGGAGUGAUGUAGCAAUGAAGUUGAAGAAUGUAGUGGAGAUAGGAUUGGUAGUGAUGCCUAUAUUAGCUUAUGUAAUGAUGCAGGUGUUUAGAAAAAUACAGAAGAAUAAGAAGGAAAUGAAAGAAAAAGUACAAAAUGAAGUACAGCAAGGAAAUAAAAAUGAAGAUAGAUGGACGAAGAUAAGAAUGAUCGUAUCAUUUGUAGGAAUGGUAGGAAUGACAUUUGGAUGGGUGCUAUCCAGUUCACAGAAUGUGAGUGUGAAUAAUGUAGCUGGUUAUGCGUGUGAAUUAGAAAGUACGUAA